UCAAUUAAAAAUUUUACUACAUGACAAAGUACAAACUUCUUGAGUGAUAAACUUAUAUCUACGGCACUAAUUUUGAAAACGAAUUUUUUUUUGUUCUUUUACAAAUUAUUAUUUGAAUUUUACUAUUGAUUCUGUUAGCAUCUUCGAAGAGGAACAAUCUAUGGAGCAGCAAAGAAAAGAAGCAACUGAGCGUUUGCUUUCCAGACAAGGACACCACAACCUUGUUUACAAUGAGGAAAAUGGUGGUGUUGGUGUCGAGGAUGAAGGGUUGGUGGCUGUUUCCAAUUUUACCAGCAUUCUUGGUCUUAGCACCCUUACGGCUGCUUGCAUUACCUUUGGUUUUGGUUGUGCCAUAGGAUAUUCAUCGCCUACUCAAUCUUCAAUCAUGGAAGACUUGGGACUUUCUGUGGCUGAGUUCUCACUUUUUGGUUCAAUUCUGAGUAUUGGAUCACUAAUAGGUGCUGCAAUAAGUGGGAAGAUAACAGAUUUGUUUGGUCGGAAACCGACCAUGUGGAUCUUGAAUUUGUUCUACAUCGGUGGAUGGCUUGCCAUAGCAUUUACGAAGGCCCCUUGGUUGCUUAACCUUGGAAGAUUAUCACUAGGAUUCACAAAUGGAAUUUCCAACUACUUGGCGUCCAUCUACGUUUUAUUAACUGGUUGGGGCGUGUCGUUCAUGUUUGUUGUUGGUUCCUUUGUCCAUUGGCGCACAUUGGCUCUGUUAGCCACGAUUCCCGGUCUGCUUCAACUCCUACUUCUCUUCUUCAUACCAGAAUCUCCUCAAUGGCUGGCAAAAUUUGGUCGUGAGAAAGAGCUUGAAGCCGCUUUGUUGUGCCUCAGGGGAGAUAAAGCUGAUAUUUCUCAUGAAGCAACUGAAAUAAAAGAUUAUGUGGAAUCUCUUAAAAGUUUCUCGAGUGAAGGAAUUUUAGACAUAUUUCAAAAGAAGUAUGUUCGGCAAUUACUUACUGUUGCUGGAGUGUUGGUCCUGAUGAAUUUGGGAGGAAUCAAUGCACUUACAUAUUAUUCUGGUGCUAUUUUUGUCUCAGCUGCUGCUACUCAGACUGUAAUUGGUAUUUUGGGUGCAACCUUAAUUGAUAAAUUAGGAAGACGGCCACUCCUACUGGUAUCUUCAGCUGGAUUAUGUGUUGGCAGCUUCCUUACUGGGAUGUCAUUCCUUUUACAGGAUCAUCCCUUGUGGAGUGAAGGAACUCCAAUUUUGGCACUGAUUAGCAUUUGGGUGCAUAUGGGGUCAGUAGGGAUGGAAGGAAUUCCUUGGAUUAUAGUGGCAGAGAUUUUCCCCAUAAACAUAAAAGGUGCAGCUGGGAGCUUAGCUGGUUUGACUGGGAAUAUUUGUUCUUGGACUGUUUCAUACAACUUUAACUUCUUAUUCCAGUGGAGCUCAACAGGGACAUUCUUCAUAUUUUCAGCAAUUUGUGGUGUUUGUGUCAUAUUUAUUGCAAAGAUGAUACCGGAGACCAAGGGGCGUACACUUGAAGAAAUACAAGCACCCCUUACUACUACUCCAUAG